AUGGGAAGAUUUGAUUCCAAGAAGGAAGAACCUUCUAUAGAUUUAUUAAGAGGAGAAGUAAAAAUUCUCAAGAAUGAAAUCAGAGAAGUCAAAGCAAGACUUCACAAAAUUGAGAUUGAAAAUCUCACUACUCAACUUCACAAAGAAACUACCAGUCAAGAAAAACCUUCCAAAGCCAUCCUUACAGAAGAAACUGAUUCUGACUCUGAAACAAAAUCCCACAGGAUUGUAUCUGAUGCAGGUAAAUCUGACGCAGACAGUGGUGCUGAUAGAAACUGCAUUGUUGAAGGAUUGAUACCUACAAAAUACCUUACUAAGGGAACUACAAAAUUAUACAGCGCCACAGGGAAAAACAUGAGGCCAGGAGCGCCAGUAGCCAAAGGACCCUUUAAAGGGAAAGAAGUGGCCGCUAAACCUACUACGGCUAAACCAUUCAACAUCCGACCUGAAAUUACAGGAUCUUCCAAUCGUUAUUCAGCUUUAGCCCAACUACCACCUAUAAAUCCUUUCGUAGUCCCUCCAUUACCUCCAAGCAUGUCUUCAAACAUGCUUGUUAUGAAGAAACCUUUUGCUCAAACCCCAGAGCCAAGCUCCCUCUCUCCUUCAGGAAAAUAG